UGCCGCUAUCAGGUGAGUUUGAUGGCGGAGAUGUUCAGUGAGAUGCUCCAGAGGGAUUUUGGGCUUGAGUUGUAUCAGUGUCUGUGCCGUCUGCCGCAGGGCCCCAGCGUCAAAGAGGACAACAGCACUCCCAAGGAGGAUGAACCCAAAAAAUCAGACAAACAGACGACAAAAAAGAAAGGAUUGAUCGAUGCAAAGAAGAGAAAACUCAAAGAGAAGGAUGAGGAGAGAGAGACAGAGGACAUGGCCCAGACGGACGAGACUGAAUCAUCUGAAAAACAAUCUGAGCAUCUAAGAGAGAGUAAAACUCUCAGUGCUGGAGGAGACGGGCAGAGCGCCUCAGACACUCAGCCGUCCAAAGACAGCGAACGUCCUCUGGGCUGGAUGGCAGAACUUCCCCGUAAAGGGCUUCUGUCCUGGGUGUUCUUUGACCGUCAGCUGACAGGAAGUCUUCGAGAGGCAGACCUGAUCAACAUCCUGCUGUCUCUCGGCCUGUUUCUCAGUCCUGCUCAGGCGCAGGAUCUGGUCAGAAAGGCUGCAGUCGGUGGGCUUUGCCUCUACAGAAAUCUGUGCAGUCGCUGGUCAGACGCUGAUCGGACAGACGGCAGCAUCAGUGCUGAGGGAAAUAAAGCCAUGUUGCCCGUUCAGUCAUGCAAAGAGAGAGCAUCUGCCCGUCGCACCGGUAACACAGAUCUGGUGAACUACAGAGGGAACGUCAUUAACUUACCAAACCUACUGCAGACGCUGGAGAGCAGCAAAGCGGCCCAACGCGAACUGGAGAAGUGUGUCGCCGCACUGCAAUCCAGACUCGAGGCAGCAGAAGCGAGGAAGGUGUCUAAUGAACAGGAGCAGGGUCAACAGAAAGAGCUGAAGAAGAAACUGGAGAAAUCCGAGACGCUUAACAAAACAUACGAGAAGAGUUUGAGAGAAAACAGCAGUCAGAUGAUCUCUGUCAUUGAGAAGAUGCAGAGGAUGGUUGAACAGACAACAACCCUCACAAAUGCAAAUGCAGGAAAGGAUGAGAAGGAAUAGAGACACAGAAGCUCAUCAGAUGGUGAUCUAAUAGCGUUUGGACCGAGGAGAAUAAAAGAAACCUGCUAAAUAAAAUAAAAAAAUGUUGUUUGCUUUUAAAAAAACAGGUCUUUUUUUUUUUGCUGAAUAAAUGUGUAUUCAUGCACAUAGAUAUGGAAAGAACUGCAUUCGUGGACAUUUGUAAAUGUUUUUAUUAAUAAAUAUGUUUUGCUGGCUUAUUUUAGAAUGGAUAUGCAUUCAUAUGAAACUAUAUAAUGUGGUUAAUAUGGAAAGGAAACGUUGUGCUUUAUUUAUUUAGUGUUAUUUAAUUUUAUUUGGUUUUUAGAUUCUGGCAGCUAUGAAACUAAGAUCCUUCCACACAACUGACAAUUUCAUAAACAGAGAUGCAGAUACGCAAACCUGUUCAUAGCCCUGUAUAAUGAAACUAUAAUUAUUUUUUACAUGUGAAUUUGAAACGGUCAGGGUUUAAAGAUUGGAAACACUCAUGGAACCUUUUUUUUUGU